AUGUAUUCAUCUGGUAAUAAUAACACUACAAACCCCGUCAGCUCUGCCUUGACAUUCUCAUCCCUCUACUCAGGUGUCAAUCCUCCUCUGUCAACUCAAAGAGUUAUGCCUAGAAAUCUAGGCUCUAUGACAUCUUUUCAGCCAAUACAAAGAAAUAGAUGGGAUACAAGUAAACUAAAUUCGGAUAAUAUAUUAUCCCCUUACUCCAUGAAUUCAAAUACAUCGGAUUAUUGGAAACCUUCCGGAGUUACUUCAAGUACGUCACAUAUUUAUGACCAAAAUGGUAAUAAUAACAAUAAAAGUAAUAAUAAUGAGUCGGAUUAUAAUAAUCGGAGGGCGAGUAGAUAUGAAGAAGUACAACUUUCUGUAAAUCGUCGAACACAACCGGGGAUUUCAGCUGUCAUUAAAUCAUUAGCACAAAAUCUUAAAUUAAAUAUGAAUGCAAAUGAUGAUGAUAAUAACAGUACUGACAACAAUGACACUACUUAUAAAAAUAACCUUAGUGAGGAUUGUAAACCUGAAACAUUCAGUUAUUUCACAUCACACAAUCAUUCAUUUUCACCAAAUACCAUAGCAUCAUCGUCAAUACCAUCACCGUCGACAGGCGGUGAUUAUUCUUUGAAGAAUACGCAAUUCAAUUAUACAUCCAGUAACUACAGCCAAAAUAAUUUUGGUAGAAGUUUUAAUAUGAAUAACAGCAAUGGUCUGAACUCACUGCCAGAAAGAGACAGUGAAGCAAAUAAUAAAACGACUUCGGUGAGACCUGUACAAAUGACGAAACAAGAUUCUUUAUUGUCAACAAAUUCUUCAGUUUAUAAUGGUAAUGAAUUAUGUGCAACAGACAGUGUUUAUAGUACUAACUGUACUGCUUGUGUUCCUAAUAACAAGUAUUCACCGAUACUCUCUUCAGCAAAUAAUUACAAUGCAGUGUUGAAACGCAGUUCAUCUACAUCACCAUAUCGACCUCUUGUAAACUAUCGACCAUUAUGGUCAGUUAUAUCAAAUCAAAAUCUCUUAUCUAGCGAAUUAUUUCAUAAUGCAAAUAAUAACUAUAAUGAAUCUUCAACAUCGAAAUCAAAAUAUAUAGAUUCUAUAAUUUCGAACAAUUCGUACCGUCCAGCAACCUCUAGGAUAGGAACAGGAACACAAACACCAGCAUCCAUAAUGACAACAACUGCAGGAGAAUAUGGAAUCCACAGUCCACCGCCAACAUCAUUACUAGGUAACAACGGUAAUAAUACUAGUGGUUUCAAAAUAAGCAAAUCCUUUGGCAGAAAUGAGUAUUUACCACCAACACCAACCCCUCCAAAGCCUUCAUUUCAUACCAGACUUGAUGGUGGUGAAGCUUGCGAAGGAUUCUUAAGACCACUACAGCAACAAGAAGAAGAAAACGAGAACUACUCUAAAACUUACUAUGUAAUGCGUCGGCCACAAGUUUUGCAUUCAGCAUUUCAAAAAUACAGACCAUAUAAGCGUCAUCACGAACAUCGUCUGUCCUAUAAUGCCGACAGUACAAUGACAGCAGCAACAACAACAGGUGGUGCUAAGGAAAAAGAUUCAAAUCUCUCCCAUCCACUAGGAACAACAGGUAUAAUUCAUAAGAAACCGAUUGAAACUCCAAAUAUCUCAAAGUACAACUCCUACCUCUCAAAUAAUCCUUUAAGUUCGUAUAAAAGAAAUUCGCUGUCACUGAGCUCACUACCGACUGAUGAAGAUUGUUUAUCUUCAUUGAUACAAACUCAAUAUGCAAAUGAUGACUACCAUGCACGUGUUGGUAGUGCGAGUAGCAGUAUUUGUAGCGGUAAUGGUUACAAUAACAAUGGUAAUCAUAUUAAUGCUACUAAUGACAACCAUUUAAACUGUUGUCCAAAUCACCAAUCAUCUAACAACCCACAUCAGGGUUAUUAUCAGGCUAUGCGACCUGAACACCUGAAACACAAUACAAAUGCAUCAAAUCAGUGUGAUUCUGGAGUACAAAAGUAUAAUUCAGAAAUGUUUAGAUCAGUCAGUGUUAGUCCAGAUAUUGGAAGAAAGUUUCCGGUAGGUUCGCUGUUGAUACCGUGCAGAAGUUACAAUGAAAAUAUGAAUGCAGUUGCAUUAAACAGUACUCCUCCAUCGUGUUUAUCAGCUACAUCUUCAGUUAAACGAAAAGGUUGUCAAGUUACCUUCAAUCUUGAUAGAAAUAUGUACGUUGAAUAUCCUUAUUCCGAAUCAUCCACUUCAAUAAUACAGUGUAAACGUGUACCUGGUUAUAUAAGUUCAAGUGGAGCGGCUCCAGGAGAAGGUGACUUAGUCAUUAAAACAGCACCACGAGGUUCAUUCAACUGGAGUAAUGAAAACGGUAUCACUACAAUUGCAAAACCUAUUAAUGGCUAUCAUAGUGAAUAUACUAAGCAAACGAAUUAUUUAACCAAUGGUUAUGGAACACGUCCACUGGUAUCAAAGUAUAACCGAUACUCAUCUCCCCCACCACAAUGUACUUCAAACUAUGAUUCUGAUAAUGGUACUACCAAUAACAAUAAUAUUAACAACGGUAGUCAUUACACAUCAACUGAAUGUUCAACACAAAAUGGUCAUACGUCAUCUAAACCGGAAAUUCGUUUUAUUGACACAACUAUUGGACAAAUACAGAAUUCUUUUACAGAUAGCAUGAACAGUACAAAUGGGGGUAAGCCACCAGUGUCUACAAAGUCGAUAAACAAUUUGAAGUCAAUCUUAUCAAAACCAACUUUUCGUUACAGCAGAAAUACUACUACCAAUUUAAAUAGUAGUAAGCAACUCUACAGACAAAUUGAACCGCGGCAGGAGCAAGACCCCAUAGAUGUAAGACAGUGUCCAGCAGUUGACAUUUUAAAUCAAAAUAAAGUCUCAGUUUUCGAUCAAGUACCGUAA